AUGGGGGGCGUGAGACUUAAACCCGAUGGUACACCAGUCGGCGGCACUGGCCCUCCUAGGCCCCUUGGGUCGGCUCCUUUCCUCGAGCCGCAGACUGUCGAUCGGAGCACUUUCCGUGAGGUUCUGCUGACAGGUUUGGAAGAGCAUGUGUUUUUCGGAAAGAGCUUCGACCAUUACACUGUGAGCGACGGAGACACAAUUGCAUUCUUUGACGACCGUUCAAAGGAAAUCGGAGCUCUCCUUGUUGGUGCAGAUGGAGUUCGAUCUAGGGUCCGGAAGCAAUACAUACCAAAUUUCAAGGGUAUCGACACAGGCAUGCGCAUCAUCUUUGGAAAGACACCCUUGACCCCCGAAUUUCUAGCCAAGUUUCCCGAGGCGUAUCACCGUGGAAUGUCUCUCAUCACAGAUCCAGACGAUCAGUCUCGGACCUCCUUGCUAUUUGAAUCUAUCCGUUUCCCACACGCAGAAAAAGUCUCGAAACCUCAGCUUCCAAACCCAUACGUGUAUUGGGUACUUGUCACUCAUUACUCGAAUAUUCCGUUGUCAAAUGGCAUGUCCUGGCAAUUAAGCCCAGAGAAGUCAGCUGAACUUGCUCGGCACGUUACCAAGUCAUGGCAUCCUGACUUACAGGUGCUAUUCGAGAUGCAAGACGAGGCUCAAACUUCAACCCGAUGGAUGCUUUCUGCCUCACCCGAGCUGGCCUCUUGGGAGCCAUCGCCACGGGUGACUUUACUGGGUGACGCGAUUCAUCCCAUGCCCCCAACUGGGGCGAUGGGGGCUAACACUGCCUUGCGUGAUGCUGCAGAUCUGGCUCGCAGGCUUUCGGCUGCUGUAAAUUCACAAACUCUUGGUCUACGGGUCAUCGGGGAGUAUGAAUCUGAGUUGCGUGAUUCAGCCAGAACGGCAAUAGCAUUGAGCUGGCAAGGUGGCAUGAGAGGCUUCAGGCUUAGUCCAGCCGACGAAUGCGAGAAAAUCCUCUUAUAA